ACGUCCCUUUAUAUGUUUGACAUGUGAAAGAACAUUUUUCCUACUACACCAAGUUAAGAGUCAUUUGUUGAUACACUUUCGGAAGGGUCCCUAUGAGUGUAUUGUAUGUAGGAAAACCUUUACAUCCAAAAGCCACGUGAAGACACAUAUUGCAAUGGUUCAUACAGGAGAGAGACCUUACAGGUGCUCUACAUGUCAAAAAUCCUUCGCAAGGAAAGGUGAUAUGAAAAAACAUUUAUUGGUUCAUACAGGCGAGAGACCUUACAAGUGUACUACAUGCGGAAAAUCCUUUAAAGCGAAAAGCAAUAUGAAGGAGCAUACAAAGGUUCAUACGGGGGAGAGACCUUAUAAGUGCAUUACAUGUGGAAAAUUCUUUGCAUUUAAAAGUUGUAUGAAGAAACAUAUUGCAAUGGUGCAUACAAGAGAGAGGCCUUAUGAGUGCACAUCAUGUGAAAAAUCAUUUACAACCAAAAGUGAUAUGAAAAAACAUUUAUUGGUUCAUACAAAAGAGAGACCUUACAAUUGCUCUACAUGUGGAAAAUCCUUUACAACCAAAGGCGUAAUGAAGUUACAUUCAUUGGUUCAUACAAGAGAGAUACCAUACAAGUGCACUACAUGUGGAAAAUUCAUUGCAUCAAAAGGCUAUAUGAAAUUACAUAAAUUAAUUCAUAAAGGAGAGAAACCUUAUAAGUGCACUACGUGUAAAAAAUCCUUUACAAUGAAAAGUUAUAUUAAAAGACAUUCAUUAGUUCAUACGGGGGAGAGACCUUACAAGUGCUCUACUUGUGGAAAAGCCUUUGCAACCAAUAGUGAUAUGAAGAGACAUUCAUUGGUUCAUACAGGAGAGAGAUCUUACAAGUGCUCUACAUGUGGAAAAUUCUUUGUGUCUAAUACUGUUAUGAAGACACAUACUAGACAGGUUCAUACAGGAGAGAGAUCUUACAAGUGCUCUACAUGUGGAAAAUUCUUUGUGUCUAAUACUGUUAUGAAGACACAUACUAGACAGGUUCAUACAGGAGAGAGACCUUAUAAGUGCUCUUCAUGUGGAAAAUCCUUUACAACCAAAGGCGUAUUGAAGAUACAUUCAUCGGUUCAUACGGGAGAGAGACCUUAUAAGUGCUCUUCAUGUGGAAAAUCCUUUACAACCAAAGGCGCAUUGAAGAGACAUUCAUCGGUUCAUACAGGAGAGAGACCUUAUAAGUGCUCUACAUGUGGAAAAUCCUUUACAACCAAAGGCGGAUUGAAGAGACAUUCAUCGGUUCAUAUGAAGAGAGACCUUACAAGUUUACAUGUGGAAGAUUCUUUGCAUAAAAAAACAAUAUGAAGACACAUGCAUUGGUUCAUAUAGGAGAGACACCCAAUAAGUGCACUACAUGUGGAAAAUCAUUUGCGUCUAACUUUUUAUGAAGAGACAUACAUCGGUUUAUACAGGAG